AUGGAAGAGUACGAUAUAUCGGAGCGCUCACUGCUCAAUGCGACCCCCGAGACGAUUGUCGAAAUAAAGGAUGAUUCCUCAUUCUACAAAGUCCCAUUACAGACCACCACAUCGGCUUUUCCGUCUGACCAUGCUAGCGAUCUUUAUGAUAAUUGGUCGCCCCGAAAGCGAGAACGGGUUGCAUUUCGGCUAGACUCUUGGGCAGACUGGAUAUGGGACACAAGUGCGAACGUGUUACAACUCAAAACAACAGGCAAAGGAUGGACGGCAGAACUAUGCAGUUACGUUUUCGCAGUGUUAUCACUCUUCAGUCUUGCCGCAACACUCUUAGCUCAUCAGGGCAAGCCUCUUCCUGAAUGGCCACAGCUCAUUACUAUUAACUCGAUUGUCUCGCUUUUCUCCUUACUUAUGAGGGCUGGUAUUGGGUUAGUCCUAGCAGAAUGUAUAAGCCAGUCCAAGUGGCAAUGGUUUCGCAAAGCACGCAAACUGAACGAUAUGGAACGAUUCGAUGCUGCAAGCCGAGGCGCCUUGGGAUCAGUCGCAUUGCUUUUCCACACCAAACCUGAGAGGCUAUCAUUUAUCGUUGCUCUUGGUGCCAUGGUUACAAUCCUUGCAGCUUUGACUGGAUUUUUUCUGCAGCAACUCGUUGUUUUCGAAGACUGCCUGCAACGAAACCCUGCUGCAACAGUCCGCAUAUCAAAAACCAACUAUUGCAAAGCCGCAUAUCAAGGAGUAGGAUCCACCUACGUCGACGCCUACCCGCCUAUGGUAGCUGCUAUCAACGCAGGCAUGAUCCAAUCCGUCCCAGAUCAUACAAGUGCAGUGUCACAUGGCUGUUCCAGUGGAAAUUGCACGUUCCCAUCAGAAAAGGGAAUGUCUUUCUCGACUGUAGCCGUCGGCCAUUCGUGCGAAAACAUCACUACGCGGAUCCACGGUAGCCGGCGGCCCGACCAUUUGGCAAUCAUAACCCUCCCCACGAGCGGCAAUGGAUCCGUGGAGGUGUGCCCUGCAUGUGACGAUCCGAAAGUCGCGAUUGGGACACGUGCAGAAGUUGUACGCUACAACGGCUCGGCCACACUGGGUACGAUCUUCAUUCUGUAUCGCGCCAAUGCGAAUGGCAGCAUAUGGCAAGCUAUGAAUUGCUCGCUUUUGCCGACUGUCAACACGUACGCAGUCAAUAUUACUAACUCGAUCAUGAAUGAAACGUUGAUCGACAGCGUCCAGAUCCCAUCGAGUGACGAUGCGAGUUCUGCAUACUCACAUCGACUGGUGACAAACCGCACAUUGCGAAACGGGGUCUGGAAAGACUGUACCGGAGCAACGAAUCUAAACCCACAGCUUGACGAAACGACAGAAGUCGAUGACCGUAUUCGUGUUGGGAGCAUGUACUAUCCUAAAGACUGCGUAUGGAGCUUUGGAAAAUCAGCCGCUGACAGCAUAUUCACGUACCUUGUUGAUCUGUUCAACGGAGAAAACCUGUAUUGGACCCAGGACUCCACUACAACGGAAUUCCUACCCGGAGAAAUACUACCUGGUGACCUCGUACCCCCACGAAGGAGAGGACCCAUCCACUUGCGGCAGUUUUACGGCAAUGGUACGCUCGAUCAAGAAGUGUUGGACCACAUUAUGGGUAAUAUAACCUCCGCUAUGACAACUGUCGUUCGAACGUAUAACACAGAAGGACCCGCCUGGGACGCUAAGGGGGACAUGUGGACCGCAACGACAUGUAUCCGAAUUGACUGGAGAUGGAUCUCCUUUCCUACCAUCAUGAUGAGCUUAACGGGAGUCUUCCUAGUGCUUGUGAUCAUCGACAAUCGUGGGGUGGACCGUGAGAGGCUUUGGAAGAGCUCGGUCCUAGCAACGCUCUUUUGUGAAGUAGACCACGGUAUUGAGGGCAAUGCUCACCUUAUCAGCAAGCGGUCCAUGUACGAUGUUGCUAAGUCGACCAGCGUGAGUUUGGAGGGUACGGAGGGGACACUGAAACUGCUGGCAAAAUAGACAUGAACGAAAACCAUUCCUUUUU